AUUGCGGGCCCCGGAACCUGAGAGUGUCGAGGGGUCGACUUGUUCCCUUCUUCGGCACAGCGAGCUGAUUUCCUCUCAUUUCUGCAAAAAAUAAGAAGCAGAAACCAGGCAGCGGUCGUUUGGAUGUUUCUGUAAGGUGCUUUCUGCCUCUGAGGUCCAGCAGUGCAGUCGGUUGCCAUGGCGUCUCCAGGGAGACAAGGACAAGGACAAGGAGGAGGAGGGGGAGGAGGAGGAGCUCUGUCGACGAGAGGAGGCAGCGGCGCCAGGAGGAUGAAGUGGGCUCUCGAGCUGAGUUUGGGCAACACCAGGAGUCGUGGUGACCGGCAGGGCGGUCAGGGAGACGUCGUCUACCCCAUCGGCUACUCUGAGAAACCCGUCCCCGACACCAGCAUCCAGGAGACGGACAAGAACCUGGUGGAGAAGCGCUGCUGGGACGUGGCUCUCGGGCCCCUGAAACAGAUCCCCAUGAACCUGUUCAUCAUGUACAUGUCGGGCAACACCAUCUCCAUCUUCCCCAUCAUGAUGGUCUGCAUGAUGGCCUGGAGGCCCAUACAGGCGCUCAUGUCCAUGUCUGCCACCUUCAAGCUGUUGGAGAGCUCCAGUCAGCAGUGGCUUCAGGGCCUCGUCUACCUGAUCGGUAACCUCCUGGGCUCUGCGCUGGCCAUCUACAAGUGCCAGUCUAUGGGACUGCUCCCGACACACUCGUCUGAUUGGCUGGCUUUCAUAGAACCGCCUCAGAGGAUGGAGAUCCUGGGUGGAGGGAUGGUGUUGUGAAGAGGGUGGAGGAGCGUGCACAUACCAGAUUCAGAUAUUUACAGAGGUUAUAUACUGUACAUUCUCCACCUGCGCCAUGCAGCCUGGCUACCUGUUCAAAGCUGUCCAGCUCUCGUCCACAACACAUUCGACCUCCGCGGGGGCAGUUACAACAGGCAAGACGUUGGUUCGAUCAGCAGCAGGAUGUGCGGCACAGCUUUCUACCCGUGCCUCGUCCGCCACACACACACACACAAACACACAACUUGUUUGCCUUGUUGACAGAAACAUUAUAACAUGACUUCAGCCUGCUGAUCUGCUUCAUGUCUCUGUUGUUCCCCAAUCAUCUUUUUUUGAUUCUUUUAAUAAAGAUUUAAAGGCCAGCAGAUCAUCGUGUUAAACUACUGUAUUUUUCUUUCCAGUUCAAUUUUUCAACAGAAUUAGAGGUUAUUUACAUGGUUAUUUUACAGCAUACAGAGUUAUACCCAGUUUUGGUGGUCAACUUCAUCAAAACAGAACUUUAUCGACCAAUAACUUCGAAAAAUGGAGGUAACAGUCGGUCAAAUGUUUUGAGUUGGAUAGGAUGUAUUACAGUAGAGUUUUCCUUUUUUUCCCCUAUUCUUUAUUUUCUUUUUGUUUCUCAGUUUGUAGUGAAACACUUCAUUCUGUCAACAUGAGUUCAGCAAGCUAGCCAGCAACAUUUACUAACCUGUUUAAUUUAUAGGUCUGUUUAAUUUAUACUGAUUUGCUCUAUGAAAAUGUUCUAUAAAAUAAAUCCUUAUUGGCUGAAUUAAAAUGUUUUCAACUGUAUCAAUAAAUGCGUUGGAUGAAAAACUUG